ACAUUUGUGCGCAUGCGUCCGUCAGGGUUGACACAGUCGUGGUAGAAGUGUGGAGGCUAAGCUACAUGUGGAGGGUAAAACGGGAGGUAUCCCCGACCCUAACUCUGUCAAAAUUCCCAUCUUUUACCAGAAACAUCGCUAAAGUUAAACCCAACCGUAAAUAAGGAUAUUAUCUUUUUAAAAUGAAAGGUAGCCGGAUCGAGCUGGGGGACGUUACGCCUCACAACAUAAAGCAACUGAAACGCCUGAACCAAGUCAUCUUCCCUGUCAGCUACAACGACAAAUUUUACAAAGAUGUACUGGAAGUGGGGGAGCUCGCAAAGCUAGCGUACUUUAAUGACAUUGCAGUCGGAGCCGUGUGCUGCAGAGUGGACCACUCUCAGAACCAGAAGAGGCUGUACAUCAUGACACUUGGUUGUCUAGCACCCUAUCGUAGACUUGGAAUCGGUACAAAAAUGCUUAAUCAUGUGCUGACCAUCUGUGAGAAGGAUGGCACUUUUGACAACAUUUACCUUCAUGUUCAGAUCAGCAACGAGUCAGCCAUCGACUUUUACCAGAAGUUCGGCUUUGAGAUCAUCGAGACAAAAAAGAAUUACUACAAGAGGAUAGAGCCUGCAGACGCCCAUGUGCUGCAGAAGAGCCUGCGCAGUCCGUGUGCACCACCCAGCGGCGAGCUCCAGAAGGCCGAGUAGAGGGUGCAGCACCGUGUGGGUGGGGUUGAGCACAAAUGUGCCCCCCCUCCCCAACACAGAAACAGAACUGUGCAAACGCCCUGUGGGCCACACCCUCAACAGUUUUUCCAGAGGACGCUAGAAAGAGAAAACGAGUUUCACACAUAAAAAUUGCUGCAGUCAGUUUUGCAAAGGUGAUUUUUGCAUAUUUAAUUGUUCCCUUUAUUCUCACAGGAGUAUUUGACAAUAACUUUGUUUGAAAUUGGUUCUAAUGACAAAAAGCCAAAUUUUAGAGAGUUUUACACUCGGUGAUGGGUGGGAAUGUUGUUUGCGAGUCACACUGUUUGUGUUUGAGUUGUUUUUAUGCUGUUAUGAUACCUAGUGGGGGACAUAAGUGUUUUAUAUCAAAAGGAAAGGGUUUGGAGGAGUAAAGGCUGAUCGGGUGUGGGUGGAGUGUUCUCAUGAAACACCACCUGAGCCCUGGGAUUCAUGGAAAGUGAGUCCGACCAGUUUGUGCAGGAGGAUCGGGAAGUUUCCUUUGGUAAGGACACCAGGAAGGUUGAAUGGUUUCGAGGUGGUGGGAAAACAAGGUCACCACUAAAUUUCCAGUGAAGUUUUGGUUUCUGGCCUGGUAAUUUAAUUCUCUCAGCUGAUGUUUAUUUUUCAUGGUGGUAAAAGGUUCAGAGGUUCCCCUGGGUUUACCGCUAAAGGAGCUCAAUUAAAGUCCUAAUGUUGCUGAGUUUCUAAUGAUCCAGGGUUUGAUUUGGGCAUUAUUUUGGGGAUUGUAUACUACAGUUGUGAGUGUGUUUGUCUUAAAGACGAUGCCUCCAACACCUUUAGCACCUAAUGUAGCCAUCUAUUAAGUUGGUCUAAGACCUACAGCACCAGCUUGCUGUUGUUAACGCCCUCAACAAAACAUGUUAAAGUUCAGCUAAAGAACCAGAAGGCUCUCUUUAACAACCCAGAAGAAGCUCUGACUCCCCCCGCAUGCAGGGAGAGUUGUCUUCUCCACUGUAGUUUGCGCAUGUUUCCCCCCUUUUUUUUCUUUUGGAGAAUUUUAUCUUUUCUGGAGCUCUAUAUUGUAAGACUUUUUAACGUCUAAAUAAAGGAAUUACUAUUUGCAGUAAAA